AUGGUUUCAUCGACGGUAUUUUCAGCUCUAGCUCCGACAUUAUAUUUGCAAUAAAUAUAAUAUUUGCCUACUUCCAUUUUGCGUUGAUUUAAUCGUAAAAUAUUAGUCAUAACUAAGCCCGAAUAGUUAACGGCGCGUUUAAGUGUUAUAGCCACUAUGUAUAUAGUUUAAAAUUUUCUUCCCCCCGCAUAUGUCGUUUUCGUCGAUUCUACGUGCUUAAGUUGUGUGUUUUACGGCGACAGCCCAACAACAAUAAAACACAAAAGUUAAAGAAAAAUAAUAGCAAACAAAAAAAAAAGAAAUAAAACAAAAGUAAAGCUGAACUUAACUUCAAUUUGAAAGAAAUCAAAAAAUAAAAAAAAAUCACAAAGAGCGCGCUUAACUCCUCCACAGCAAAUACAACGACAACAACUCUACUUAAACCGCAAAGCUUUGUUUCUGCUGCUCUCGCUGCUCGCUCCUACUGUUGUUUUGUUGUUGUUGUUUCUGCUGCUGCCUCUGCCUCUGCCUCUGAGAGUCUCAACGCAAACUGUUCAACUGUCAUGGCCGGUAAUGGAGAGGCAUCGUGGUGCUUCUCACAGAUUAAAGGCGCCUUAGACGAUGAUGUCACUGAUGCGGAUAUCAUAUCCUGUGUGGAGUUCAAUCAUGAUGGCGAACUACUGGCGACAGGCGAUAAAGGUGGUCGUGUCGUUAUCUUCCAGCGUGAUCCCGCCUCAAAAGCCGCCAAUCCGCGACGUGGUGAAUACAAUGUCUAUUCGACAUUCCAAUCGCAUGAACCCGAAUUCGAUUAUCUCAAGUCGCUGGAAAUUGAGGAGAAAAUCAAUAAAAUACGAUGGCUACAACAAAAAAAUCCCGUACACUUUCUGCUAUCCACCAACGAUAAAACCGUAAAAUUGUGGAAGGUCAGUGAGCGCGACAAGUCGUUCGAGGGCUAUAAUACGAAAGAGGAAAACGGUCUGAUACGGGAUCCACAAAAUGUAACUGCCUUACGAGUUCCUUCUGUGAAGCAAGUACCCCUUAUGGUGGAGGCCUCGCCACGCCGUACCUUUGCCAAUGCACACACCUAUCACAUCAAUUCAAUUAGCGUUAAUUCGGACCAAGAGACCUUCCUCUCCGCCGAUGACUUGCGCAUCAAUCUCUGGCAUCUGGAGGUGGUAGAUCAGAGUUACAAUAUUGUGGACAUUAAGCCCACUAACAUGGAGGAGCUGACUGAGGUUAUAACGGCAGCGGAAUUCCAUCCGACCGAAUGCAAUGUGUUUGUGUACUCCAGCUCAAAGGGCACAAUCAGACUAUGUGAUAUGCGAUCGGCGGCGUUAUGCGAUCGGCACAGUAAGCAAUUCGAGGAGCCAGAGAAUCCAACGAAUCGCAGCUUCUUCAGUGAGAUAAUCAGCUCUAUAAGUGAUGUGAAAUUAAGCAAUUCGGGUCGCUAUAUGAUCUCCAGAGAUUACCUGAGUAUCAAGGUCUGGGACUUGCACAUGGAGGCCAAGCCCAUUGAGACCUAUCCGGUUCAUGAAUAUCUGCGCGCCAAAUUGUGCUCCUUAUAUGAAAAUGACUGCAUCUUCGAUAAGUUUGAGUGCUGUUGGAAUGGCAAGGACAGCUCAAUUAUGACUGGCAGCUAUAAUAACUUUUUCCGGGUCUUUGAUCGCAACUCGAAAAAGGAUGUCACCUUGGAGGCCUCCAGGGACAUUAUUAAGCCUAAGACGGUGCUAAAGCCACGAAAAGUUUGCACUGGCGGCAAACGGAAGAAGGACGAGAUCAGUGUUGAUUGCCUCGACUUUAAUAAGAAAAUUCUACACACCGCUUGGCAUCCGGAGGAGAAUAUCAUUGCUGUGGCGGCUACCAAUAAUCUGUUUAUAUUUCAGGAUAAAUUUUAGCCAACACCCCCCACACUAAAGCAACACAGAAGAAGAAGAAGGCAUAGAAGUUGUUACGGGCUCAUCAUUCUAAUGUUAAUUAAAUUCAGUUUCAAAUUUCACUAAAAUUGUUUGCAUAACGCUCACUUACCUCAGUCAAUCAAUCACGCAUCUUCCUCCUCCUGCCUCCCCGCCUUUUUGCAGCCUUGUUAUACACCUUCUAUUCUUCCAUUUGUCCUUCCUUCCAUAUCCCGUCCCCCUUCACAUCGCCUUCUCCACUAAAAAAAAUAAGAAUACUUUAAACAAAUGCCAUAGCAAAAGCUUUGUAACAUUUUUCCUUACUACGUGAAGUAAGUUGGGGAAAACCAGAAGGAAACCUAAAUAAUGAGAAAACAAAUUAA